UAUUUUAUCAUUGCCUUUGCAUCAUCUCCUUCCUCUAAGCCCUAGUUGAAGCUAUAUAUACCCUUCUCGGCUCCUUCCAAUCACUACGCUCUUUACGAUUUUCCAUAUUCUUCGGUUUCAAAAGCUUUGUUCUUCGUUUCCUCCUUAAUUCCUUCAACACCCAAACCCUAGAUUUCCAAGAAAUUACAGACCUUUUGUUGGGUUUUCGAUUUGCGUUCUGUUCUAUUGAAUGUGAAUCUUGUUAUGCGAGUUCUUCUUUUCUUGUUUUGAUGAGCGUCGUGUUCUUUGUUUCUACUUCUUAGUGUUCUUUGUUUGUUGGGUUAUCAAUGGAAGAACGUAGAUUUUGUAUAGGCUAUGCUCUGGCUCCCAAGAAACGACAUAGCUUCAUUCAGGACUCGUUAGUCACUCUCGCGGCGUCUCGAGGGAUCGAUCUUGUUCGAAUUGACACUGACCAGCCACUUCUUGAUCAAGGUCCAUUUGAUUGCAUUCUCCACAAGUUUUACGGCGAGGAUUGGAGGAAGCAGUUGGUGGAAUUUAGAGUUAAGAACCCUAAUGCUUUCAUCUUGGACUCACCGGAUUCGAUUGAGAGACUUCACAACCGGAUUUCGAUGCUUCAAGUUGUUUCCGAGUUGAAGAUUGAUAACCCGGAUGAAUCAUUUGGGAUCCCUAAGCAGAUUGUGAUUUACGAUAAGGAGACUUUGUUUGAUCGGCAGGCUUGGGAGGGUUUGAAGUUCCCUGUUAUUGCCAAGCCGUUAGUGGCUGAUGGUAGCGCUAAAUCUCACAAAAUGGCUCUCGUAUUCAACCAUGAUUGUUUGAACAAACUUAAGCCUCCGAUUGUCUUGCAGGAGUUUGUGAAUCAUGGGGGUGUUAUCUUUAAGGUUUACGUUGUUGGGCAGUAUGUGAAAUGUGUGAAGAGGAAGUCUCUCCCCGACGAACCGGAAGCGAAAUUGGGGAAUGUAGAUGGAUUGUUGUCAUUCUCACAGGUCUCUAAUAUGACCCCUCGUGAGAAAAUUGAUGAUAAAUACUACAAGAUGAUGCAGCUCGAUGAUACAGAGAUGCCACCUUUGAGUUUCGUCACCGAUAUCGCGAGAGGGUUGCGACGCUCCAUGAACUUGAAUCUUUUCAACUUUGACGUGAUUCGGGACUCAAAAAUCGGGACUCGGUACCUUAUAAUUGACAUUAACUAUUUCCCUGGGUAUGCCAAAAUGCCGGGUUAUGAGAAGGUUUUGACAGAUUUCUUCUGUGAUUUAGCACAGAAGAAAGAGGCAUUGAACAAUCCUGACAAGAAGGAUGAUGUUCAAGACAAGAUUGGUUGUGAUCAAGAAACAAGAAAGAUUCGUAGUGAUGAGGAUGAUGGAGACCAAUCAGUUGACAGGGAAAAGGAAGAAACCGCUGUUCAAGAUUGACCAUUGUUUUGGAAGUUCUUCAUUUUCAAGCCUGUUUGUGUUCUGAAGUCAGCUUGAAUCUGCUCAAAACAUUUGGGACAUUCUGGACCGAAGUGAGUUCUAUACCAUUUCUUUAGAGAUAGACAUCAUUUGUAGGUACAGAAAAGAAAAAUGGGGAAAUUUUCCUUUCUUUCAAUUAGUUUUUAACCUCGUGACAAAAUUACAUUGUGUCCAGUGUUAUCAUGUAUAUUCCAUCCUAAUGUUACCACUGGAAAUAGUUCUCAAAUUACAUUAGUUCUACUACUGAUGAUGAGAUAUAUGGAGGUCAAAUUGUAUCUUGAGGCUUAAUCUUUUCCUCUUUCUAGGAUGUUUUUCUAGCUCAUGGAUUUUGAAUCUUUUAGUGAAUUCAAUUACUGAUUUUUUUUCUCAGAGAAGUUCUAGUAUCAUAUCAUCUUCUUUGUGGUUGGUGUAUUGUUGUAAUAGAAUGCAAUGCAAAUGCAUUGGUGUUUUAGGAGAAUAAGAAAUCCUUUACAAACUAAUUGUAGAACCUGCUUUGAGAUGAUCUGCCAAGGGAAUGAAGCAUGAAUAAUAAGUGUAGCUUGUUUC